AUGAGAUCUAAACCCCUGGAACCCCAGUUUGUCCAAUACUUUACCUACCAGAUCUUGCGUGGUCUGAAGUACAUCCACUCCGCUGGCGUUAUCCAUCGAGACCUCAAGCCUAGCAAUAUUCUGGUGAACGAGAAUUGCGACCUGAAAAUAUGCGAUUUUGGGCUCGCACGAGUGAAGGAACAUCAGAUGACCGGCUAUGUGUCUACACGCUAUUAUCGAGCACCGGAAAUCAUGCUGACAUGGCAGAGAUACGGCGUGGAGGUAGACCUCUGGAGUACUGGGUGCAUUCUCGCCGAGAUGCUCUCUGGAAAGCCCUUGUUUCCCGGGAAGGACCAUAUCAAUCAAUUCUACUUGAUUAUCGACCUCUUGGGCAACCCUCCUGAUGAGGUCAUCGAUCGAAUUUGCAGCAAGAACACGGUACAGAUAGUCAAGUCACUUGGGGAUAGACAGCCACGCUGUCUAAGGACAAUGUUCUCGAGCGUCGAUGAAGCUGCCGUGGACCUCCUCGACAAGUUCUUGGUCUUCGACCCACACGCCAGGAUAUCGGCCAGCAAUGCUCUAGAGCACCGCUAUUUGCAGAUAUAUCAUGAUCCUACUGAUGAGCCCAGCGUCGAAAGACCAUUCGAUUGGUCGUUCGACGGCGCUCGACUCUCCAAGGAGACCCUCAAGCUUAUGAUAUAUGCAGAAGUGCUGGAUUAUCACCAAUCCGACGAAUUAGCCCACCCAGUUACCCUUGCUGAAGAGCCGAUGUCCGGAGCUGAUCUACUCCCGAAUUUCAGCACAUUUCCCGUGCCAGGACGGGAGACUGAUACAAACCCGGACUCCACGUUUAGCCUCUUGGAGCCUUGGUCCACGUGGGACAUUGGAGGCCUUGACCUAUCAUUACCAGAAUCAGAUUACGUGGAUCCAGCUGGUCCUAGUUUACCGACAACAAUUGGGUGA